CGGGGCCCAGCCUCGGGCACCCGCCCCGCCCGCCACACCCACCUCAGGUGCCAGGUGUUGGUCACAGCCCAGUGGACCCCAAGGACCCGUUUUCAGGACCCUCCUGGCCUCCCGGCGCCCAGCAGUGUGGCCCCAGGGCCGGGCCUGCUGCAGGCAGAUGGGCACCGGACAGGGCCACUUGGGAGCUUCGCCUCAGGUCUGGUGGACACUUCCCUCUGCAGACAGGAAGCUGAGGCACGGGACCCCACCCGGGUGGAAUGUUCCAGGGCCCUCUGACCCCGGAGGUCACGGGAGGGGCGGGCAGAGGGUCACAGGCAGGGAGCCUCGACAUUGCUGCCGAGCACCUUGCAGAAAAGCGGGGUGCCCGUCUGUGCCACAGCUGCGCCCACACACAGCCCCCGAGCUGGUUGCUGUGGUCAGACCUCGGAAAUGCUCCCCGACAUAGCGAUGACCGCUCCCUGUCACCCUCCAGGCGGUACCCCUUCUGGGGGGCGCGGGUGCCAGACCGCCUCACGCCCUUCUCUCUCCACAGACGGGUCCUGUGACACGGCCGCAGCCACCACUCCCAGAGGGGCCCGGCCUGAGCAGUGUGCCCUGACCCCUGGGCCCAGCCCCCUGGACCUCACCUUCCUGCUCAGCAAGCCGGGCGCCCGGCCCCCGCCUGAGGGAGCCAGCGGGGAUGCGGGGCCUGGCCAGGCGCUGUCAGCCUGGGCGGUCCCCAUGGAGGGGGGCCCCAGCCCAAGGCCCCCCGAGGGGCAGCCUGCCGAGCGGCCUCUCCCAGCCACCCUGGAGCCCCGGAUUGUGAUGGGGGAGGAGACGUGCCAGGCACCCCCACUACCCUGGGCAGCCCCGCCACAGCUCAGGGACCCGGAGGGGGGGCCUGCCAGCCUGCACUCCCCCGCGUCAUGUUCUCGGGGUGACCCUCCUGUGCCUUUUCCUGCCCCAGACCCCGAUUCCUAUUUCACACCUCCUUCCACUCCCAGCGAGACCCCUGCCUUGCUCCCCAGCUCCGGGCCCUGCAGGGACACCCAGGCUGAAGCCAGGCCCGUGGGGGACUCACCGCCCACCUCACCCUCAGGCUCCUACGUCACCGCGGACACAGAGAGCUGGGCCUCGUCCCCGUCCCCUUCCUGCUCCCUGAGCCUGGCUCCCGAGGAAGGGCUAGGGGUGCCUUCGGGCCGCGGCUUCUCCCCACCAGGUUCUGAGACGCUGGAGCAGGACUGGCCCCCCACAGGGUCCCCGGGAUCCUCGUCCCCUGAGUCCAGCCUCUCCACGGACAGCAGCUCCUCCUGGGAACAGGAGGGCCACUUCUUCGACCUGGAUGUCCUGGCCCAGGACCCAAUGAUCCCGGCCGCCCUCCUGCCGUUCCGGGGCAGCCUGCUCUUCCAGGUGGAGGCGGUGGAGGUGACGCCCCUGUCCCCCGAGGAGCAGCAGGAGCAGGAGCCAGAGGCUCCAGCCGCUGACGGGGACGGGGCCAGCGACAGGGAUGACAGCACCUUCGCCUCCUCCCUGCGGUCACUGUCCGACCUGUCAGUCACCGAGGGCGUGGACGAGGCCUUCGCCUUCUGGGACGACACCUCUGCUGCCUCCUCGGACCCGGACUCGGCCUCCUACCCGGGAGCAGAUGACGAGAGACUGUACAGCGGGGAGCCCCACGCGCAGCCCACCGCCGCCCUGCAGGCCAGCCCUGUGGUCUCCGAGGGAGACGUGGGCACGUUAGUCCCCGGGGCCAGCCCCGCUCCAGGCCCCGUGUCCUCGCUGGAAGCCUCAGGGGCCACAGAAGUGACCGCUCAGGCUGGGUGGCAAGGAGCAGGCCUCAUCGCUGGAGCAGGGCCGGUGCCCAGGGCCACACCUGGGUCCUGGCAGGAACGGGCCUGCACUACCCCGGCCCCCGAGCCCAGGACUGAGCCCCAGACCACGCAGGGGGCGGGCAGGGCACCCAGCCCAGUUGCUCUGCAGGCCCCGAGGGAAGACGCAGGCGGGGCCCCCAGGACCCAGCCCAUGGCCUCCGCAGCCCAGGGGACAGCUGGGGGGAAGGGCAUGGGCUGCACUGGAGACCUGGAGCCUCCGGACCUGGACCAGACCUGCCAGGGUGGCCGGGAGCUCGCUGCAGAUGAGGGGACACCCUGGGCCUCACGUGGAGAUGCAGGCCCCCCCAGGCCUGCCUUGGAAACCUCAGACACCCCUGAGCCUGCCACGGAGGCCCAAGAGAGACCUGAACUCACCUCAGAGGCUCCUGACACCGCAAAGAUCCCAGACCGCCCCACUUUCACCCUGGAGAUCCUGGAGCCCACUGCGACCAUCCAAGACCACCCAUACACCCCUACAGAGGUACUGGGAACCCCAGGCCUCUCCAAGGAAGCCUUGGGCCCCCCUGAGCCUGCCUCCAAGACCCUGGACCCCCCAGAGGAUGCCUCGAAGACCCAGGACAUCCGUGAGGAUGCUGCAGAGACCCCGGGCCCCCCUGAGCCUGCUGCAGAGACCCUGGACCCCCCAGAGGAUGCCUCAGAGACCCCAGGCCCCCGUGAGGAUGCCUCGAAGACUUCGGGCCCCCUAGAGGAUGCCUCAGAGACCUCGGACCCCCCCGAGCCUGCUGCAGAGACCCCAGACCCCCAUGAGGAUGCUGCAGAGACCCCAGGCCCCCCAGAGGAUGCCUCGGAGACCCCGGACCCCCCAGAGGAUGCCUCAAAGAUCCCGGACCCGCCAGAAACUGCUGCAGAGACCCCGGGCCCCUCAGAGGAUGCCUCAGAGACCCCAGACCCCCGUGAGGAUGCUGCAGAGACCCCGGACCCCUCAGAGGAUGCCUCAGAGACACCGGGCCCCCCAGAGGAUGCCUCAGAGAUCCUGAACCUCCCAGAGGAUGCCUCAGAGACCCCGGGUCCCCGUGAGGAUGCCUCAGAGACCCAGGGUCCCCGUGAGGAUGCCUCGAAGACCCCGGACCCCUCAGAGGCUGCCUCGGAGACCCUGGACCUCCCAGAGGAUGCCUCGGAGACCCCGGGUCCCCGUGAGGAUGCCUCAGAGACCCCGGACCCCCCAGAGGAUGCCUCGGAGACCCUGGGUCCCCGUGAGGAUGCCUCAGAGACCCCGGACCCCUCAGAGGAUGCCUCGGAGACCCUGGACCUCCCAGAGGAUGCCUCGGAGACCCCGGGUCCCCGUGAGGAUACCUCAGAGACCCCGGACCCCCCAGAGGAUGCUGCAGAGACCCCAGACCCCUCAGAGGAUGCCUCAGAGACCCUGGACCUCCCAGAGGAUGCCUCAGAGACCCCGGGUCCCCAUGAGGAUGCCUCGGAGAGCCCGGGCCCCCAUGAGGAUGCCUCGGAGACCCCAGAACCCCCUGAGCCAGCCUCCAGUGGAGAGGAAAGCGCCAAAGGCCUGCUGGCGCCCAACAGGGGGGCCCACCUGCCUGCUGGUGUGGGAGCUGAGGCCCCCGGGGCAGGAAACCAGGGGGACAGAGGCUUUGAGUCAGCACCCCAGGGCGCUGGAAAGGCUCCUGGGAGCGGCUGCCCCGGGGGUGGGCGGGUGCAGCCCCAGAGCCCAGCAGAGGGCGGAGGGGGCCCCCCGGGGCCCAGGCUUCUGUCCGCUGUGGCUUCUGAGUCUCCAUCAAGGGCUGUGCCCAGGGCGGGGAGCAGCUGCCCCGAGGAGCCCACCCCCAUGUCUUCACCACCCUCCUCCAGGCGGGAGCGGGUGCGAGGUGUGGGGGGUGAUGAGCAGGCCCAGGCGGCCCCCGGAAUCCCCAGCCCCCCCUGUCCCCUGCCCCUGCCAGGAGAGCUCGGGGGACGGGGAGGACCUCCCGUCGCCCCAGGCAGGAGCCCCACGUGCCGCUACCUCCUCAGGAACCAGGACCCACCCCCGGGAGUCCAGGCAGCGCAAGGGCCUCCCGCCCCACCCCUCCCUCCUCAGCCCCAAGGUGACCCCCCACCUCCGGCCCCUGGCAGCUGCUCGGACAGCCACGGGGAGUCGUCGGGGGAGCCAGAGGAGCAGGACCUCUCGGGACCCCAGGCCCCUCGGGGCCCAGCCCAGGCCGCAGCCAGUGGCACCGAGGAGAGUGCAGCCAAAGCCAAGCAGAGCCGCAGCGAGAAGAAAGCCCGGAAGGCCAUGUCCAAGCUGGGCCUGAGGCAGGUGCAGGGCGUCACCCGCAUCACCAUCCACAAGUCCAAGAACAUCCUCUUCGUCAUCGCCAAGCCCGACGUGUUCAAGAGCCCGGCCUCCGACACCUACGUGGUCUUCGGGGAGGCCUAUUGA